GCGGCGGCGGGGCGCAGGGCGGUGGGUGGGUGCGAGCACGGGGGGCCCGUGCGCGCCGCCGCCAUGCGGGAGCGGAGGCCGGCACCGGCCGCACCGGCCCGGUGCAAGCUGGUGCUGGUGGGUGACGUGCAGUGCGGCAAGACGGCCAUGCUGCAGGUGCUGGCCAAGGAUUGCUACCCCGAGACGUACGUGCCCACCGUGUUUGAGAACUACACGGCGUGUCUGGCCAGCGAGGAGCAGCGGGUGGAACUGAGCCUCUGGGACACCUCCGGCUCUCCCUACUAUGACAACGUGCGGCCCCUGUGCUACAGCGACUCGGACGCCGUCCUGCUCUGCUUCGACGUCAGCCGCCCCGAGACCCUCGACAGCGCGGCCAAGAAGUGGAAGACAGAAAUCCUGGAUUAUUGCCCCAACACGCGGGUGCUGCUCAUCGGCUGCAAGACGGACCUGAGGACAGACCUGAGCACGCUGCUGGAGCUCUCGCACCAGAAACAGGCGCCCAUCUCCUACGAGCAGGGCUGCGCGGCCGCCCGGCAGCUGGGAGCCGAGGCUUACCUGGAGUGCUCGGCGUUCACGUCGGAGAAGAGCGUGCACAGCAUCUUCCGGAGCGUGUCCGGGCUGUGCCUGAGCAGGGCCCCCCCGGCGCCGCCCCGCAGCCCCCCCCGCGGCCUCUCCAAGCGGCUCCUGCACCUCCCCAGCCGCUCCGAGCUCAUCUCCUCCACCUUCAAGAAGGAAAAGGCAAAAAGCUGCUCCGUCAUGUGAGGGGGGGGACAAGGGAAUGGACCCCCCCGACCCGCCCCCGACUCGCACCCACCUGUGGGACCCCCCCCCGGAAUGGGGUGAGGGGCUGGGCAGGGCUUUGGGGUCCCCCCCCCCAGUAAAGGGGGGAUGCCCUUGCCUGGCACUGCUGCCCUGCCAGCCCCACAGCCUGGGGGGCUGCCCCCCGUGGGAGGGGGGUCUGGGGGUGGAUUCGCCCGGUUCUCAACCCUGAGGGGGUCCCUGUGGGGUUUGGGGUGCUCAGACCCUCGGAGACAUCAACCCUGGGGGGGUUUGGGGUCACAAAACCCUGGGGACAUCAACCCUGGGGGGUCCCUGUGAGGUUUGGGGUGCUCAGACCCUCAGAGAGAUCAACCCAGAGGGGUCCCUGGGGGGUUUGGGGUGCACAGGACCCUGGGGACAUCGACCCUGUGGGGUCCCUGGGGGGUUUGGGGUGCUCAAGACCCUCAGAGAGAUCAACCCAGAGGGGUCCCUGGGGGGUUUGGGGUCACAAAACCCUGGGGACAUCAACCCUGGGGGGUCCCUGUGAGGUUUGGGGUGCUCAGACCCUCAAGGACAUCAACCCAGAGGGGUCCCUGGGGGUUUGGGGUGCUCAGACCCUCAGAGAGAUCAACCCAGGGGGGUCCCUGUGGGGUUUGGGGCACACAAGACCCUGAGGGCAUCGACCCUGUGGGUCCCUGGGGGGUUUGGGGUGCACAGGACCCUGGGGACAUCAACCCCGGGGGGCUUUGGGGUCACAAAACCCUGGGGACAUCAACCCAGAGGGGUUCCUGUGGGGUUUGGGGUGCUCAGACCGUCAGGGACAUCAACCCUGGAGGGGUUUGGGGUCACAAAACCCUGGGGACAUCAACCCUAGAGGGUCCCUGUGGGGUUUGGGGUGCUCAGACCCUCAGGGACAUCAACCUGGGGUGGUCCCUGUGGGGUUUGGGGCACACAGGACCCUGGGGACAUCAAUUCUGGGGGUCUUGGGGGUCACAGAACCCUGGGGACAUCAACCCAGAGGGGUUCCUGGAGGGUUUGGGGUGCUCAGACCCUCAGGGAUGUCACCUGGGAUGGUCCCUGUGGGGUCUGGGGGACACGGGGCCGCCGUCCCGGGGGUCCCUGUGGGGUUUGGGGUGCACAUCAUGGGACUCAUCCAUGGCCUCAUCCUGUUCCCUGCCCCUUCCCCCCAUCCCUCAUCUGCUGCUUGGCCCUGGGGGACCCUGUGGGUUGGGGAGUGGGGCGGGGGGCUGUUUUAUGGACGGUAUUUUGGGGGAGGGGGGUGUCUGUUCCAUGUCCGUGUUAUUAAAAAGCUUAUUUAUUAUCAGAAAUAUAACACCUACCUACGUGCA